GGCUGCUACUUCGGUGAUCACAUGACAGCCGUGGUGGCUGUCGGGAUGAGAAUCGAUCAGCAGGGUACUGGAGGUUUCAACAUGGCCGCUUCGGGCUGUCACUAAGGGAGUUGUUUUCAACUCAAGAGCCGUUCUCUUGGCAAGAGUAAAUAACGGAGCCAUUCAGUAAUUGGUGCUGGUUGAGAAACCAAGACCAGCAAAGCAAUGGCUCAGUGCGUUCAGUCAGUUCAGGAGUUCAUCCAGGACUCCUUCGUUCCGAUGGUUGCCGUCUUAUGCAGCGAAGAUGCAGAGAAAGUCACCCGCAAAAACAACCUGAAUUUUCCGGAGCUUCUGCGGCCUUUCUGUCGGCUCACUUCUGAAGGGCACCUGCGAGACCCCAACAACCAGCUGGUGGUGGUGCGAAGUCUGCGCGUCUGUGUGACGGGCAUCAGCACACGCCCGCCCCAUACCGCCACACUCCGUGCUGCCCUCACCAACGCCGUGGCCACCUGCCAGCCGCCCGACACGACCAGCGCUAACGUCAUCACGGCGGGAGACUAUGACCUCAACAUUAGUGCGACGACCCCCUGGUUUGAAGCUUACAGGGAGAUCUUCCUGCAGUCCAUGCCUGGGUCUGAGCAUGAGUUCCUCAGCCACUACCUGGCCUGCAUGCUGGUUGUGUCGUCGUCGGAGACGGUGCCUCUGGAUCAGUUUCUGAAGCUGUCCCAGGAGCAGCACAAGAUCCAGCACAGCGGAGAGUACACCCACCCACGCUGGUUCAUCCCCAACACGCUCAAAUACUACGUCCUCCUGCAUGACAUUAGUGAUGGAGAUGAGCAGAGAGCGGAGAGUGUGUAUGAGGAUAUGAAGCAGCGGUACGGCUCUCAGGCAUGCUACCUGCUCAAGAUCAACUCCAGACAGGGAGGAGCUGUGGGCUCUGAGGAGCAGAUCCCUGACCCCUGGAGCCAGUACCUGCAGAAAACACACACACAGGAAGUGUUCGAUGAUACCGCAUCUACCAACAGCAUUGAUAAUGACCUCAACAGUUCUUCUAAGAUGGACGAUGGAGACACCCCCACUAAAGAUGGCAUGUCCAACAAUCUGGACGAGCACCCUCUCCAGCUGGACCAGUCGGCGGAGCCAGUUCUGCCCGGGCAGGGGGGUGAGUCACUGGAAGGCGAGGAGGCGCGUGACCCUAAGCCCGGCGGCCCCGGAGGAGGAGGAGGAGCGGUGGCCCUUCCAUCGUCCAGUGGCACCCAUGGGGCUUGGCUCACCCUCACUGACCACGACCGCAUCCGCCAGUUCAUCCAGGAGUUCACCUUCAGAGGCCUGCUGCCCCAUAUUGAGAAGAACAUCCGACAGCUCAAUGACCAGCUGGUAUCUCGGAAGGGCUUGAGCAGGUCGUUGUUCUCGGCCACUAAGAAGUGGUUUGGUGGGGGGAAGGUCCCUGAGAAGAGUAUCAGUGAGCUGAAGAACACUGCUGGACUACUCUAUCCCCCAGAGGCGCCAGAGCUCCAGAUCCGUAAGAUGGCCGACCUGUGCUUUCUGGUGCAGCACUAUGAGCUGGCCUACAGCUGCUACCACACCGCCAAGAAGGACUUCCUCUCCGACCAGGCCAUGCUGUAUGCAGCCGGCGCACUGGAGAUGGCUGCGGUCUCUGCUUUUCUUCAGCCUGGAGCCCCUCGACCGUAUCCAGCACAUUACAUGGAUACAGCCAUCCAGACGUACAGAGAUGUGUGCAAGAACAUGAUGCUGGCCGAGCGCUGUGCCCUACUGAGUGCUGAGAUUCUGAAGAGUCAGGCCAAGUACUCCGACGCUGCUACACUGCUUAUCAAGAUGACCAGCGAGGACUCUGAUUUGCGAAGUGCUUUACUUUUGGAGCAGGCGGCUCACUGCUUCAUUAAUAUGCGUAACCCGAUGGUGCGAAAGUUUGCCUUCCACAUGAUCCUGGCAGGACACCGCUAUAGCAAAGCUGGACAGCGGAGACACGCGUUGCGCUGCUACUGCCAAGCGCUCCAGGUGUACCGUGGGAAGGGUUGGUCACUGGCGGAGGACCACAUCAACUUCACCAUUGGCCGGCAGUCCUACACACUCCAGCAGCCGGACAAUGCGGCAGCAGCCUUCAGACACAUUCUCAUCAACGACAGCCAGCAGAGCCCCACCCAGCAGGCCGCCUUCCUUAGAGAGUACCUUUACGUCUACAAGAGUGUGAACCGGCCGUCGGGGGAGACUGACUCGGAGGGCGUGCUGCCCCAGCUGCCCCUGCCCUGCCUCAACAGUGCACUGACGCGCGUCUUCUUCGGCCACGAGCGCAGGCUCGCCGAGGGUGAGAAGCAAGCAGCGACUCAUGUGACACUGGACCAGGAGUGUGAUGCGGAUAUCUCGCGCCUCUGGAUCCGAUUGGAGGAGCAGGUGGUUGCCAUGGUGAAUCGGGGCGUGGUGCCGCAGUCGUUUCAGCCCACCCAGGCCUGCCUCAGCCAGCACACUGAUAACCUCAGAUUUCCACUGGCCGUUGUCAAUGAACCCAUCAUUGUGGAGGUGUCUUUCCGGAACCCUCUGCGGGUGCCUCUAAGUCUGUCUGACCUCUCGUUGCUAUGGAAGUUUACCCCUGAAGACUUCAGCCGACUGCCAGACAACACACACCCCUCGUCUCAGAGCAUCACCAACGAGAAGGAGGUCCUCAACCCACAGACCACACCGAAAGAUGACGUCAUUACCACUGAGGUCAUUGCAGAGUUCAACAUGAGUCCAGAAGAGACCAAACUGGCACGGCUGAAGCUGCUGCCCCACCAGACUGGAGAGCUGAGGAUUCUGGGAGUAGUGUAUAACCUGGGCACUGGGGACUCGGGAAACAGCUCAGCAGAAGGGCUCCCAGUGGGUGGUUUGAGUGUACGUGGUCGGCAGGAUCUGGAGAUACAGGGCCCACGACUCAACCAGACCAAAGAGGAGAAGACCAGCGUGAAGCAUGGAUCAGACCACCGCCUCGACCCCAUCAUUACCCCACCCAUGCCUUUGCUAGAGGUGUUCUUCCUGCACUUCCCGACGGCGCUGCUGUGUGGGGAGCUGCGGAAGGCCUGGGUGGAGUUUGUGAAUGUGAGCGGGGUGCCGCUGGCUGGGCUGCGUGUGGCGUCCACGCACCCGCACUUCUUCACGCUGGGCGCCCGCGGCGGGCAAGGCCAGGCACGCACGCCCCUCUCGCCCGCUGCCUCCGAGCACAACUCAGCGUACAAGACCGUCUCCGCGCCGCCCUCCACCGUCGCCGCGCUCACCCUGGUGUCGCCCGCAGAGUUCGGUGCCAGAGGGGCAGCAGGGGUCGGCGGUAGCGGAGGCUCAGAAGGGAUGCCCCUGCCCGGUCAGGUCCUGCAGCCGGGCGAGGCCCUCCAGGUGCCCAUGUGGCUGCGGGGGCCCGACACAGAGGGCGUGCACGAGAUCCACUUCCUGUUCUACUACGAGAGCACGCAGAAGAACGGCAAACUCAGUCAUAGGGUCCUGAGACACACCGCUGUCAUCUGCGCGAUCCGCUCGUUGUGUGUGCGUGCCUCGGCCUGCCGCAGCAACACUCUGGCCCUGACACACACACCCACCCCGGCACCGGCCCAGACGCCGGCUCAGGACCACAGGAGCGGUAGCAUGCUGGUCUUCGUUGAUGUGGAGAACGUCAACACCAGUGAGGUUGGGGUGCGCGAGUUUCACAUAGUGCAGGUUUCCAGCUGCAGCCGUCACUGGAGACUACACACCUGCAUUAACCCAGCUGGAGACAAAGACUCAAAGCUGGGGAGCAGAGAGAGGGGAAAGCUAUGUUUCAGAGCCAGCAGAUGCAAACCACAAGAAGCUACCUCAGAUGCUGAAAACAAACUCACUUUUGCAGACUUGAACUUAGGAAAUGAGCAGAUCGUGAGCUCUUCCACCCCAUGUGCAGACUUCUUCUUCCGCCGAGGCCCCUGUCCGGAUCAGAAGCGAUGUGGUGUGGUGGCGGGUGCAGCCUGGGGUCAGGGACUGGGGUCAGGGACUGUUGUCGACGACAGCCUGGCUGUGGUGAAGAAGUGUAGUGAGAUCGAGCUGGACCUCAUCGUCCUGUGGAAGGCAUAUGUUGUGGAGGAUAAUAAGCAGCUCAUCCUAGAGGGCCAGCUACACGUGACUCUGCAGACUAUUGGCAAAGAGGUGUGCUCUCUAACGCAGAAAGAGGAGAGCCAGGAGAUGGUGCUGCUGAAGUUCAAGCCUGACCCCCCGCCCCCACUAGCCAGACCCUCCCAGGAGCAGCUCUCUCAUCUCAUCAAGACCUGCCUACAGUACCCGCAAACCUACCAGCACUCCUUUCCACAGCAAAGUUUGUGUAUGGUUCCAGUCACGCUGAUGCUGUCGAACUGCUCGCUGGCUCAGGUUGAUGUCAUCAUUGACCUGCGACACAAGUCUACCAGCCCUGAGCCUCUGGAGGCGUGCGGCAUGUUCGUGUGGCUGGGUCAGACGCAGUACAAGCUGCAGCUGGCCGCGCAGGAGGUGCGCUGCGUGCGUCUGCGCGUCUGCUUCACGCAGCCGGGUGUCUACAACCUGGGCACGCCGCGCGUCUUCGCCAAGCUCGCCCACAGCACCAACAUGUACGAGACCAGCCAACAGAGCGCCCUGCCUGCCCUUAUUGUCAUCGACGGCGUCUAACGCGGAUAAAAACGCUCCACGUCUCGUGGGGUCACAGCGCUCUCCAUGACCCUGGCUUGACCCUUCAGCGACGACGGUCAACAUCAGUGACAUGGCGCAGCAGCCACUGCGGCAUCACUGCAAACCUUUUACACGUCUUUGCGGUCUCUCUCUCUCUCUCUCUCUCUCUCUCUCUCUCUCUCUCUCUCUCUCUCUCUCUCUCUCUCUCUCUCUCUCUCUCUCUUUUAUGUGACUGCAGCUCACAUUUACUGCAAUCUGUUGACAUCUCUGCUGUGAAACUCUGGUCACUUGGUCACUUGACUGUUGUCACAGAGACUUUACUGCAACUCUAGCACAACCUCACCCUCACCACAAGAGCAACGUCGCUGCAGUCCCUCCCAAAGGGGGCGGGGCGGGAGGGGGGGGGGAACAAAACAAAACGCAGUGGCUGCAGGAUCUCUUAACACUUCUAGCAAUUCCUCCUCGGGCUCCCGACCUCUGAUAAGACAUGAGUCUCCCAAGUCAGUGUGUCCCAAGUUCUCACAGUUAACUCCCUGUCACAGUCAUGGCAACCUCUCACGGCAACCUCUCUUCAGUUUCACUGCCAUCAAAACAUCCAACCCCAUGCCACCCUAAGUCCCCCCCCCCCCCCCAACCCUUCGUAUCCCCAGUGCACGGCAUCCACAUACGAGACAUUUCUUUUCCAUUCAUGAAUAAAACUGGAUGUGGAAUUCAAAAUUGUAAUGACGACAGCGUGUGUGUGCGUGUGUCUGUCGAUGAGUGUGUGAGUCAAUGAAUGAUGGAGUGAAUGAAUGGACAGACAAAAUAAGCAGCAUAAUGGUGGUUGCAAUUUACUAAUAGUCACUGAAAAGCUUUUGGACCUGUCCUGUGUUAGAGGGACUCUGGAGCGCAGAUGCAUUCUGGUGACACAUAGAUGUUUUGCAGAUGUGAGGCUCGAUAACGUUGAUGUUUGUCAUCUCGCAGACACCUUCAGAGGGACAUUACAGCACAGACAAACACCCCUCCAUCUGAUUUAGGUUGUUUUUUUUUUUAAGCAUGUAUGUAUGUCAUUUCACCCUUGCGUGAUCAUGCUGACAGCUGUGUGUGUGUGUGUGUGUGUGGGGCGUGCACAUGAAUGUAUGUCAACUUGUCUAUGGGGUGUACUUUCAAUGAUUGGCAGGUUUUCUAGAACAAAGAUCUUUUUUUCUUCUUCCACUCAUCAGAUGAUGGUAGGGUGUUUUUUUGUGUGAGUAAGUGGCUGACGGUGCCCGCGGAAGCUCAAACUGCCCUCCAUCUGCUGAUAAGAAGAGCCUCUGUCCUCUCACAGGAAAAGGACUCCAUGACAACAUAUGAUGCUAAUAGACACGGUUGUCAAGGACACUGUACAAUCACAGUACAACUGUUGCCCAGUGACCCCGGACUGCUGGCUGCUGUUUGUGUGUGUGUGUGUGUUUGUGCGUUUGUGGGUGUGUGUGUUUGUGUGUUUAAGCUGUGCUAUUUCCACAUGAAUUGUUUUAAUUUUCUACAAAUUAAUCAUUGGUUUAUCUAUCUCUUCCCUCUCCCACAUACUAUUGGGCUGUAUAAGUGUGAAGACAUGACAGCUCUUCCAAAAUGAUGUAUUAUAUUUAUAACAAAUUGACUGUAAAUAUAAUAAAAACAUAACCAAUAACCAACGAGGAUAA